AUGCGUGGACCAUAUAACGCGACGACAAUAGGCGAUAUAAAGCGUGGACCAUAUAACGAGACGACAAUAGACGAUAUAAUGCGUGGACCAUAUAACGAGACGACAAUUGGCGAUAUAAAGCGUGGACCAUAUAACGAGACGACAAUAGGCGAUAUAAAGCGUGGACAAUAUACCGCGAUGACAAUAGACGAUAUAAAGCGUGGACCAUAUAACGAGACGACAAUAGGCGAUAUAAAGCGUGGACAAUAUAACGCGACGACAAUAGGCGAUAUAAAGCGUGGACCAUAUAACGCGACGACAAUAGACGAUAUAAAGCGUGGACCAUAUAACGCGACGACAAUAGGUGAUAUAAAGCGUGAACCAUAUCACGAGACGACAAUAGACGAUACAAUGCGUGGACCAUAUAACGCGACGACAAUAGGCGAUAUAAAGCGUGGACCAUAUAGCGAGACGACAAUAGACGAUAUAAAGCGUGGACCAUAUCAAGAGACGACAAUAUAG